GAAUAGCGCGGUUAGUACAGAUGACAAGUAUAAACCAAACAACCGGUUAUAAAAAUUUAUCCUAUAUGCACGUGUUUUGAAAUUAUUUGCUGUUUAAUGUAUUUCUGGAUGCAAUUUGAAGCGGAUCUGCAGUAUAGGUUAAUUUUGUGAGAUUGCCGAGUGACCUAGAAAGUGGUGGCGGCCAUAGCAACAGAUGGAGGCAGCUGAUCCCCUUUCGGAAUAUCUCUAAAUGACUAUCGUUGAUAGAUGCUUUGUGCUUAUUGCUGGUAGCAUCAUUCACUGAUGACAUCAAAUGCUUCCGUUUCUGGGGGUCACACUGUUGAGCGUGUAAUCAAAAGUGUACCUCAUCCUCCUACGUAUAGGCUGACAGUGGCGGAUGUGUUUGACCACAAAGGAUAUCCACGGAUCGACAAACUCAAGCAACAGUUUAUUCUCGAGGGCCGCGUUACGGAUGAGGUUGCUUUAAAAAUAAUUCGUGGUGGAGCCUCUUUGCUCCGUGCGGAAUACACUGUCCUCAAUGUUGAUGCUCCUGUUACUGUGUGUGGGGAUAUUCACGGCCAAUUUUAUGACCUCAUGAAAUUAUUUGAAGUCAGUGGAAAUCCAGCGACUACUCGCUACCUGUUUCUCGGGGACUAUGUGGAUCGCGGAUAUUUCAGUAUUGAAUGUGUAUUAUACUUGUGGGCGUUGAAAAUUCUCUAUCCGAACACAUUUUUCCUCCUUCGCGGGAACCACGAAUGCCGCCAUUUGACAGAAUACUUCACCUUUAAACAGGAGUGUAAAAUAAAAUACACGGAAGAAGUUUACGAAGCCUGCAUGGAAGCAUUUGACUGUCUACCUUUGGCGGCCCUCAUGAAUCAACAAUUCCUUUGCGUCCACGGUGGACUUUCACCGGAGAUUCACACUGUGGAUGAUAUACGACGUAUUGAUCGCUACAAAGAACCACCUCCCUCCGGCCCUAUGUGCGAUCUUCUUUGGUCCGACCCCCUGGAAGACUUUGGAAAUGAAACGAAUCCAGAUCAUUUCUCUCACAACAGUGUUCGUGGGUGUUCGUUUUUCUUCAGUUACGCUGCUUGCUGUGAUUUCCUUCAAGCCAAUAAUUUACUGUCCAUCAUUCGGGCACACGAAGCUCAAGACACUGGCUAUCGCAUGUACCGAAAGAAUCAGGCUACCGACUUUCCGUCUUUGAUAACGAUCUUCAGCGCCCCAAAUUACCUAGACGUAUACGAAAAUAAAGCUGCCAUACUGAAGUACGAAAACAAUACAAUGAAUAUUCGGCAAUUCAAGUGCUCUCCACAUCCAUACUGGCUGCCCAAUUUUAUGGACGUUUUCACAUGGUCGCUACCGUUUGUGGGAGAAAAAGUCACCGAGAUGCUCGUGAGUGUUUUGAAGAUAUGCUCAGAUGAUGAGCUCAUGAAAGAAGGUGAUGAGCCAUUCGAUGAAAGUGCUUCGGUCGCCGCUCGGAAAGAGGUUAUCCGCAACAAAAUUCGUGCAAUCGGCAAAAUGGCACGCGUGUUCACCGUGCUGAGGGAGGAAAGUGAAUCGGUACUCGAACUUAAGGGUUUAACUCCCAAUGGAAUGCUUCCUCUUGGUGCACUCUCCGGAGGCAAGGAGUCUCUCAAAGUUGCUCUAUCUGGAAUCUCCCCCGAUGGCAAGGGAACGCGGUUUGAGCAAGCAAGGGCCAUCGAUCAGAUCAAUGAGCGCAUGCCUCCUAGGCGAGAUUCCGUUGGUGCACCACCGCCAUCACUCUCCUUCAAUGCGGCUAAAUCGUCCGGCUCCAGCUCCUUCAGUCGAACCUCUGAUCGGAGAAAUUUUCCGUCAUCUGAUUCGGCUACUACGACUUCUCGCGUGUCCACUUCACCGUUUUUCCAUCGUGGAUCCACCGGGGUGAAUCGAACUACGGUAGACCAAGGCGAUGCUGGCACGGGCAGUGGUAGUCAUCGUGCUUCAAGUAACGGUGUCGCUCCAGGUUCCAGUGUCAGGGUUUUACCCAUCUCUGGUGAUCCAUCUGUUGGCAAUAAAACUAGCCGUACACCGUUCAUCUCCACCACCAACCCCAGCAAUCCAUCUGCUUCUGCCCGCGGCUCAGGCGAAUCUGGAAGCACAACAUCGCGAACGUUUCCUGGAGGUGGCUCCAAGUGACGCUCCUCUCACCCGCUGCGCUGAUGCGGUGAAUUUUCCGUCGGCUCUCAAUGUGCCCUAUCAUUCAGGUUGCCCUUGUUUAAUCUUAACCCCUUCAUUUGUACCCCAACCUGACCUAGAUUCUGGCGACCAUUUCGCAAGUGUGUAAUGACGUGAACACACACACACACACCGUCCGGUUAAUUCGGUGCUUUCAGCAAUUGGACCGUCGUCCCACUAUCAUCUGAACGGAUUUGACGGAUCCACUUGAUCGACUCAGCUCGGCACUUCCUGGCACAGUCGCGGACUUGACUGUCCCUCCUUCCGCACUCAUACCAUGCGUUACUGUCCCUCUUCUGUCACUCGGAAAACUAAACCGAAAGUAUGGAUUAUCAAGAGCUUGUACUAGAUUUCUGUCGCUUCCAUGUCAACCUAAAUGCCAAGUGCGCCCGUUCCUAGGCAGAUAUAAAUGACUCAUUGCCUUAUUUCCUCAAGGAGCAUUCUGCUCAUUGUUUAUAUAUCUUAUCUAUUACCCUGUUAUCUUUGCUCAGUUAUCUCCCUUGCACAGCCUCGCAACUGACAAUUUGAACCUGAUUUCCUCCCCAUCCCUAAGUCGCUGCCUUUCAUUGACUUCCUUCUCUUUGUGCUUGCGAAUGUGCAUAUGUGUGUGUGCAUACUUUUUUAAUUAUCUCAUUUUACCUCUCCGGUCAGCGCAGCCAGCCAACUAUUCUGUGUUCUCCGGUUAUUCCACCAUGUCCUCGAGAUUUGUCCUCCGUUUUUAGACCGCGUUUUAUUAACCCUAUUGUCGCCACUCUGUUCCGCAAUUCAUCCAUUCACUUCUUAUCCCGAAAUCACUUGUUUUCCCUGGAGAAGUCAGCCUUAAUUUUGUGCAUCUUACAUCCAUUGUUUCGUUUCUCUCCUGCGCCUCCCGACUGACCUUUGCUUAUUUGCGACUUGUGGCAUUUUACAUGCACCUCCUCGGUAUUGCUGAACGUGACCUCAGGUGCCAAUUUGUCACCACCGUCAAACAGAUGCUUCACCACCUGCGCCAACCCCUUGACAUCCUCCUUCUCAUUAUCAUCAUCCCCGCAUUUUUUGAGUUCUCCUUUCCUAACUUCCACCGGAACUAUGUCUCUUUGACGAAAGAACUGUAGAUUACAUUGCUGUGAACCGAGAAUCACUCUUACAGUUGCUGCAUCAUCAGUGCUCUUAACCCGUUAUUUCAUUUUCAUUUGUGACGUCUCUAACUCGCUUUACUCGUCAUAACCGCAAGGGGACGACGACGUCAUUGUUCCGCCUCUAUUUUGCUUAAUUUCAUUGUACAUGAAUUGUCUUGUUCUUAUGGCCUAUGCCAUAAUACUCUCUGUCUCUCUGGGUUGAAGCAAUCCACGUUCUUGAGCACAUAACACACUGCUGGUGUUUCUAUGUCAGUUCACGCCUUAAGCAGUGUCCCCAUUACCGACGGUUGUAGUUACGGCUGCUUUCUCGGCCACGCUACUCCGCCUUUCGAUACCUUCAAUACAUGAAUUGACAGCAAAGUUUUUCGUAGCGGCAUUCGCCUAGUCGGGUUCUUCUUACUUGAGUUGUUCACCACAGGAUUACCGCUCCAGUUUUGAGCAAUCGCAGCAAUGGUCGAGAUGACUGGAGCCUACCCCCAAGCUUAACUCACGGUCCACAUUACGUUCAGUCGUCGUGAUCCGACCACAUACCGAGAGUACCCUGGGGUUGUAUCCACUGCAGACGUAUCGUACACUGACCACUUUAUUCUUCUCCCUAUUCGGUUCUAUCACUUGUUGAUGUCAUUUCUAGUUUGAUGUAGAAUCUGUGGCUCUUGCACGAGCGUAUCGAACAACCAUACUGCUGUGGGUUCCCACUCUGAGCAGAUUCCUCAUUCAC